AUGACCGUGGGAAUUACAUCAAACAUCCUCGCAAUAGCAAUACUCUUGAAAGCCUACCAAAGAUUUAGGAAAAAAUCCAAAGCCUCGUUCUUGUUGUUCGCCAGCGGCUUGGUCAUCACGGACCUCUUUGGACACCUCAUUAAUGGAGCCAUAGCUGUGUACGUCUAUGCAUCAGAUAGGAACUGGUCAAAAUUCGACCAUGCCGAUGUUCUUUGCAGUAUCUUUGGCAUGUGCAUGGUGUUCUUUGGACUGUGUCCGCUGUUGCUUGGGAGCGUCAUGGCAGUGGAAAGGUGCGUCGGAGUCACUGAGCCAAUCUUUCAUUCUACCACCAUGACGUCAAGGCACGCCAAAAUCAUCUUGACUUGUGUUUGGCUGUUUGCCAUCCUGGUGGCACUGCUGCCAAUAUUGACUUUCAGAUAUUAUCACAUCCAGGCCACCAAGACGUGGUGCUUUCUAAAGACAGAGCAGAUCGAAAACUGGAUGGAUCAGUUUCAUCUUCUGCUGUUCUCAUGUCUGGGGUUCUUGUCCCUGGCCAUCUCUUUCUUAUGCAAUGCUAUGACUGGAAUAACAUUACUGAGAUCCAGGAUGAGAAGCCAGCAGCACAGACAAGGCAGAUCACAUCAUAUAGAGAUGAUAAUCCAGCUUCUGGCCAUCAUGUGUGUCUCUUGUAUUUGCUGGACUCCAUUCUUGUUCACAAUGGCCAACAUUGGAUUAAAGAUAUAUGGUUCCCAGUCGCAAGAGACUAAUCAGACAAUUCUUUUCGCCCUUCGAAUGGCCACAUGGAAUCAGAUACUUGACCCAUGGGUUUACAUCCUCUUGCGGAAGACUGUCCUCAGAAAACUGUUCAGGAUUGCCCGUCGUUGCUGUGGGGUGGAAAUCAUCAGUUUACAUGCUUGGGAAUUCAGCUCCAUCAAGAAUUCACUGAAAGUUGCCACCAUAUCAGACUCUCCAAGUUGUACACGAACAAACACACUCAGCAUCUCCCAAAAAUCUGACACAGAACAAAAAUGUGAACUCAUUGAAACAAAAUAA